CAGUUAUUAUUAUUGCUGCCUGUCUUUGACUCUGUCAUGUGUUGUGUUAUGAAUUAUGGUUAUGAUAGUUUGAAAUUUUUAUUAAUGCCGUACAUUUUAUUUUGAGAUUGAUAAUUGGACAGAAAUAUAAUUAUUGUUUUUAAGUUUUAUUUUUGAGUUUACUACUGAUUUGAUCAGAAAAUGGCGAAGACGAAAUCAAGUGUUGGAGCUCCUCGGAAGCAGGGCUUCAACAGGUCGGGCCACAGUAUGAACCCGGAGCGGAAAGCUGAGGGUUUGAAGGGAGUUGCUAAAGUGAGAACUAAAGCAACCAUAAAUCGCCUUCAGAUGUACCGCAACUUUAAGCCCAAGAGGAAUAAGGUUGGUCAGAUAAUCAGUCCGGCACCAUUUCAAGGAAGAUUACCUCAGGGUACAGUCGCUAGAGUGGAGCCUAAUCGUAAGUGGUUUGAAAAUUCCAGAGUAAUUGGUCAAAGUGCUUUGCAGAAAUUCCAAGAUGAAUUGGGUAAAGCGAUGAAAAAUCCUUAUGAUGUCGUUAUGAAAUCUACACAGUUACCAAUUACUCUUCUUAAUGAAAAAAGUAAACAUGAGAGAGUUCAUAUAUUAGAUACAGAAAGCUUUGAGUCUACAUUUGGAAAAAAGAAAAACAGAAAAAGACCGAGUUUAAAAGUGAGAGAUGAGGAGCAUUUGUCUGAAGUGGUUAAUUCAGUUGCAGAAACAUAUGAUGAUAAGAGUGAUUUUAACUUGAUUAAAGAAGAUACUGGAGAGAAAGUCCCUGUUCGAGAUUGGAUAAUGGAUGCCGGACAGAGCAGACGAAUUUGGAAUGAGCUGUAUAAAGUAAUUGAUUCGUCAGAUGUUGUCAUUAAUGUUCUUGAUGCAAGAGAUCCUCAAGGUACUCGAUGUCCUCAUAUUGAAACUUUCUUGAAGACCGAGAAACCCCACAAACACUUGAUAUUUGUAUUAAAUAAAGUUGACCUUGUGCCAACAUGGGUAACUCAGAGGUGGGUCGCUAUUUUAAGUGCAGAAUAUCCUACAAUUGCAUACCAUGCCUCGCUAACUCACCCAUUUGGUAAAGGCGCUGUCAUUAACAUAUUACGACAGUUUUCUAAAUUACAUGCUGACAAAAAACAAAUAAGUGUUGGAUUCAUUGGUUAUCCCAAUGUUGGUAAAAGUUCAGUAAUAAAUUCUUUGCGGUCUAAAAAGGUAUGCAAAGUUGCUCCUAUUGCUGGUGAGACUAAGGUCUGGCAGUAUAUCACUCUGAUGCAGAGGAUAUACUUGAUAGAUUGUCCAGGAGUAGUUUAUUCAACUGCCCAAACAGAAACUGACGUUGAAAAAGUGUUAAAGGGAGUGGUCAGGAUUGAACUUUGUCCUGAUCCUGAACAGUAUAUUGAUGCAGUUUUAGACAAAGUACAAAGAAAAUAUAUUGCUCGUUCUUAUGGAAUCCCAGAUUGGACUGAUGGUGAAGAUUUCUUGACCAAACUUGCUAUAAAAACUGGCAAACUGUUGAAGGGAGGAGAACCAAAUCUUCCAAUUGUUGCAAGGAUGGUUCUGAAUGAUUGGCAGAGAGGAAAACUGCCUUACUACACCCCUCCAGUUGGGUUUGAGGUUUCAAAGUCCAAACAGCAAAGUGACACUGAUAAAGAUAAUAGCAAAGAAGUACUUCAAACUGAUACAAAUGAAAUUGAAAACAAGGAGGACACAAGUGUACAAAAUGAAGAACGUGAAGAAACAGAGUCACAAAAUCAACAACAAAAAGUACUCAGAUUGCCAUCCACUUUCAAACUUAUUCAAGACUUCACAAAAAUUAGAGUGACAACUGAUUUUCCCACAGAAGAACUUCAUAAAGAAAAAACUGCUGUACCAGAAAAGAUUCAAAAGCCCCAGAAGAGACCAACACAAGAAGAAGACAGUGAUUCAGAUAUAUCAGAUCUUCUAAAAGAAGAUGAUCAAGAAUCAGAACAAAAUGAUGAUGAUGAGAUUGUUAAACAGAUGUCAGACCUUACAAGCAAAGAGAAGCGAAGCCUACUAAGAAAAAUGAAACGGAAGAAAAUUGGAAGUGAUUUCUAUGAAGUUACAAAUGUUAAAAAUAAAAACAGGCAGAGAAAAGUACCUAAAGUUAAGAGGAAAAAAUAAAAGUGUUGUUUGUGGUUGCAGUUUUCUAAUAAAGUUAUUUUUAUUAAU